CAGCAGGUUAAAUACCAAACAGCCAAAGGGGACUUAGCUUGGCAGCUCUAUUUAAAAUCAACAAAUCAAAAUUGACAGAAUGUGAGUACAUCAUUUGUAGCCUGGCAACAACUGUACACAAGUAGAAGGGAGGUCUGAAGAGACAAGAAUCUGAUUUCUAAUGUGCAUGUAUUUGCGAUGUGCUCCUGCUCCUACAAGAGCAGAUCUGUGAAAGCCAUUCUGAAAGGUUAGUACAAACUUUUCAGUCUUCAUAAAGAACAAGAAAAAAGAAAUACCCUGGAAUCCAAAGAAGCAGGGAUAUGAAAUUGGCUGAAGUUGGGAGUGGUUCACAUAAAAACAGAGAUUCUUGUACAAUAUUGCAAUGUAUAUUUUCCAACUUAAACUUAACAAAAGAUUGCAGAGAACAAAGAAGGUGACUGCCCACAGUGGCUUGUAGUAAUUUAAUGUAGAGACCUAAGUUCCUAAUGAUUAUAAUCACAACAUUUAAAAAAAUGAUUGUUGAAAACAUUUCCAUACAGUGGCAGGAAUUAACGUAGCAUAUUGUAUAAAUAUUACUGUAUUUUCUCAAGUUUAACACUCACCUUUUCUGGCCAAAUUACAUUGUGAAAAUUAAGGGUGUGCAUUAGAUUCGAUGGCACAUUUACACUGGCCAGCAAAUACAUUUUUUGGUUUCAAGGUUUUGAAAAUUGAGGUGCGCAUUAGAUUCGAUGGCACAUUAGACUCAAGUAAAUGUAUGUUCUGAAACAUGUAUGUUACUUUAAGAGAGGACAGCAAAAACAUUUUGGGGCACCUUAAAGAUUUACAGACUGGCUGUAUGAUUAAGAAGUAAGCCCCAUUAAGGCUAGUGGGGUUUCUUCUCAGGUAUAGAUUGCAGCCUCAUUGUGGCAUAAGUGUUAUGAGAGGAAGUGAGCACUAAAAGAGGAAAGAACAGGGUUAUAAACUAGGAUAAAUGCAUAAUUUUAAUCAAUAAAAUUAAUAUUUAAUGUCGUUAAAAAUUCCUAAUAACUCAUCAUGAGUAAGUUUUCUUUGAACCAUAGAUCCUUAAAUUAUUCCAGCUCAUGUAUUCCAGGCAGAAACAAGUCCUGCAGGGUGCAAAGCUGACAGCAAUGACAUUUGCAAAGCCAGAAGUAGAGAACAGCCGAUGGGCUUCAUUUUGUCCGCCUUGAACAAGCCUAUUCAGGAAAAGCUUGAGUGUCCCCUCAGAAAACAGCGGGAUGUCUGUUUCUUUACACAGCCGUUAAGUCUAACUUCUAAAGAUUUAUGAAAAGUUAGCCACUAGUGAGGAGCCUCACCAGUCUUGAAAGGAUGGAAAUACCAACUUUUUUCAAGAGCAAAAAUCCCUUCCCCCUUGAGUCUAGUCUGAAGGCCAGAGUUGACAGACACAGCUUGCCAUCUCGCAAGGCAAUGCUGUCUGCAAUGAGGGCAAAAAUGCCUUUCAUGUACCAGAGAGAUGUUUGUCAUGCUGAAGAGCACUAUGCAGAAUACCGGAAACAAUGCCUCCAGAAUGCAGCCAAGAACCUAUAUUUUUCUAAAGAAGCUGUUUACCACAGAGGGGCAAUGCUUCAGUCCUUUAAGGACUAUGACCCCAGGGGGUUGUAUGAUUUUUCCAGUGUCAUUCAGAGAAAAGAAAGUGAAAAUAUUGUUAUUAAGAAGCAAAGGCGACCAAGUAGGCUCAAACCUUUGAAGAAAUUACAGUCCCUGGUAAUGAAGCCAGACCCGCCUCCUCCCAAGGAAACCACCGCUGAUGUUCCUGUCUGCAUGGAAGAGCUUAUCUGGAAAGCCAAGGUAGAAAGCACACUUUCAGAGCCAAGUCUCCUGGUACCUAUUCCACCUCCUCCCCCUCCUCCUUCUUGUGAACCUCCAUACACACAGGCGUUCCUGACAGAACCUCAUGAGAUGUUAGCAGACUUGACAUUCAAGAGGUCAAAAGCAAGACCCCAGGGCACCACAGUCCAUGAGCCAGAUCAUGGGGACCUGAGGUGGGAAGGAACAAUGUUGGUGAAGUUAAACAAGGCUACAGCUCAAUUCAUUGUGAAUAAUCAGCCCACCUGGGGAGGCUGGGUUCAGGGUAAGCCACCGGGUUUCAAGAAGCAAAAAUAUAACUGGGAAAGCAUCAGGUACGUGCUUCCUGAUGAAAGUGAUGUGGAAUUACUGGAUCAGAUCCAGGCUGAGGAUACAGUAGUGAAAGGUCAGAUUCAAAUUCAAAUAGAUGAAGAGAAGAAACCGGAGACACCUCUCUCUGCUUAUUAUUACAGGGGGCCAUCUUUCCACAUGAGAGGGCGUGGUGUGGAAGAUUCAGUUGAUAUAAACAAAACUGCGGAUGAAAUAUCAAAGAAGGAUCUCAGACAUCUGGCACGUACUAAACUUCGAGAACGGCUGAGCGCCCGGGUUGGAAAGUACUCAUACACUACCCAGAAUGUGUUUGAACAAGAGCUCUAUUUUGGGUCAGCCAAAAUUGUCCAUCAAAAGACCAAGAAGGAUCUUAUUGUUAUGGAUAAUCAUUAUGAAUAUUAUAAACAGCUCCAGCAAUGCUACCCAAGACCUCCAGAGGUCUGGAGCUUCAUGCCACCCAAAAAGACAGUUCAUAGGGUGCAGAAGGGAGCCAUCCAUUGGGCAGCGCUUCCCUCUGUCAUUGAACACUUCACCAAAGGGAGCGAAACCGAAUCCCUUGAACCAACUAAGAGAGAGAGAAGAUAUUUGUACGGAAAGACUGAUCUGGAUGUGUCUGAGGAAAUCUGUAUCCGUAAGACUAUGCUGGAACAGUGGAAGGCUGCUUGGAAAUAUGGUCCACGAUGGCAUUCAGCAACUAUAGAAGGAUUAAUCAGAGACUUGGCAGAUGUGCACAUUCAAAAUCGUGUCAAUGCUAUACUUACCUGUGCAACUGCUGUGCUUGAGCGGCCCCACGAAGUCCACGAUGCAAGUGAUGAGUCAGUAAUAGGGAUAGAAACUGGUGGUAAGAAUUUAGAAGUUGAAGAUAUACCAAAGAAAAUACAGCCUUUGCUUAGAAAUACAUUGUUUGAUAAGGAUGCUCAUGUGAGAAUGGCUGCUGCGGUGGGCUUCUACGCCAUGGGGGAGUGGAAUCGAGUGGCACGGUCCAUCAUGACGGAUGCUCUGAUAAAUGGUAAUAGUACAGACAGUUGGACUGCAGCUCAAGCCCUGGCAAUGGAAGGCAAUAUAAGUUUCCAUGUAGUGAAAAGGAUCCUGACUCAAAUUUUUGAGCAACAGGAUGAUGCCACAGAAGACCAGGCUUGUCUUUUAUUAUCUCGACUCAGCCGACAAACAGGCUUGGUUCAUUGCUUACUGGCAUCCGAAUUGAACAGCUACCAAUGGAAGCACCGGGUUUUGGCCUGUAAAACAUUUUCACGUAUUCCUGGGAGCGUCAGCCAAGACCUAAAAAACAAAAUUGUCCAGCUCAUGUGGACAGAUUGGAAGUUUGAUGUACGCCAAGCAGCUGCCAAGGCUUUGGGGCAUUUGGAGCUUGGGAAAGAAGUCCAUGAUCAACUCAGGGAGAAGCUAAAAAGAGGAGAUGUCCGGAUGAGGGUGGAAGCUCUUUCAUUGAUUGGGUGGCUGAAACUCAUGACGGCCAGGCUGCUCCCUGGCUUCCUAAAGUGUUUCACUGACGACUUUGUAGCAGUUCGAAAAGAAGCCUGCUGGGCAGCUGGAGAACUUCAGAUUAAAGAAGAGAUGGUGCUCAGGUGCCUUUUUAAGAUAAUGCAGACUGACCCUCUCUGGAAAAUCAAGACUCUAGCUAUCAAAGCUCUGGGUCAGAUAGGAGAGGCAAGUCCUUACCUGAAAGAACUUCUCCUCUGGGCCCUUCAUUAUGAAGAAGAUCCCGGGGUGCGAAGGGAAGCCUGUCGUAGUCUCAUCACCCUCAAGAUGAAGGAUGAAACAGUUCGGGCUACUUUGCUGGAGAGAAUGAUUAUGGAGCCAAAUGAGAUGGUCAAAGAGGAAGUGAGCCGUGCUGUGAAGAUUUUCAAUUUUGAACAGGAAGAGGAACACGAAACGAUUCAGAUGAUCAAGAAUAAGGUUGCCACAUUAAGCCAAAAAGACUUGGUAAUUGAGAAAGUGCUCAAGAUUAAGGAGAUAACAAAGAACACGUGGCAGGAAGCCCACCGCAUCUAUCGAGAGAAGGGAGACAUCUUUGCGUACCGUUCAAUAAGGGACAUCUUCCUUGAUGUUGUUCAAGAUAUUUUCACUGAAAGCUUUCAAUGUCCAAGCAGGAAGUUCUCAGAGGUUUGGAUUGCUAUCUUAAAUAUACUACCUUGGUUGGGAAUCCCUCCAACCCCAUGGACACAAAGAGCCUUCUUAGAAGCACUGAAAAUACGCAAUGCUGAGAAGGCAGAAUGUGCUAAGAAACCAAAAGCACCCACAGAGAAGCGGAAAAAAUCCAGCGUCAAGAAAACAAAAACAAAAAAACCUGCUCAGAGUCCAUUUACUAGUCAGCCACUCAGCUGACUCUUCUACUGUGGGAAACAAGAUGCAGAGGGACAUUACUGUACAUCUCUGUCAUUCUCAAAUACUUCAGGACCUUCAUCUGAUUGACUAGCAGAAGUGCACUCUUGAAGAAAAUAAAUGGACCAGAGGGAUGGCUAGACAAAGUUACAACAAAUAUAUAUUUGUUAAUGGACUUCUAUGCUUUUUUAAGUUGUAGUAAUUUACUGGCUUUGAUUUUUUACACCUGUGCAACAGUAUUCUUCAAUUGAAUUAAAAGGUAAAAAGAA